AUGAAGGGUCCAACUGUGAGAUGGUGGGAGAGUGCUUCGACUCUUAUGGCCAAUCAAGGAAUACCUAGGGAUUUGGAGCAUUUUAAGACUAUUUUCCUGGAUAAGUAUUUUCCUAGUUCUUUGGGGACUCAGAAAGAGUUUGAGUUUCAACAGCUCAGGCAGGGUACUAUGUCAGUAGCUGCGUAUGCUGAGAAGUUCGAAGAUAUGGCUGCUUAUUCUAGACAAGCUGCGUACGCACCUGAUGAGAGGUGGAAGAUUGAUCAGUUUCUUUUUGGUCUGAGGGGUGAAAUUUCUCAUAGUGUUUCUCAAAGGGAAUUCACUUAUUAUGCUAAAUUGUUGAGGCAAUGUUAUGUGGCUGAGAAUAAUUUGAAAAAAGCUCAAGAAGAAAGGGAUCUGUACAGGAGUGGGCAGAUAGACCAAGGAAGGCCAUGA